AUGGAUCCCCAUGGACUGGAUAUUUUUAACCCUAUUGACGUCCGCACUCUUGGGCACAAAGCCUUUCGGACUCCGGGUUACAAGAGCAAUCAGGCCCUUCAAUCCGUCCUGGAAUCUCCCAAGAUCACAAAGGUCUUCUUCGAUGUCCGCAAUGACUCGGAUGCCUUGUUCGCUCACUUUGGCAUCAAGCUUGAUGGCGUUCAGGAUCUCCAACUGAUGGAGUUCGCAUCACGGGGGCUUCGCAAAGGUUUCCUUUGCGGCUUGGUGAAGUGCAUCGAUAAACAUAGUCCACUGAGCCCCGCGGAGAGACGAGAAUGGAUCAAAGUCAAGGAUAGUGGACGCAAGCUCUUCGAUCCGUCGUCUGGAGGCAGCUAUGCCGUAUUCGACAAGCGGCCAUUGCCGACGGAAAUCCUCCUAUAUUGUAUUCAAGAUGUCCAGUAUCUUCCUCAACUAUUGCUCGUGUACAACCAAAAGCUCUCGCCUGACUGGAGGCAUCGAGUCAGCAGAGAGUCUCAGCAAAGGAUAAAGUUAUCUCAGUCGGCAGGUUACAAUGGUAAGGGGAGACAUAUGGCACUGCCACCGGCUGAAUGGUCAUCUUAG